CUUCUCUUCUUCGUCUUCGUCUUCUCUCCUUCAUUUUUUCUCAGACGAGCCUCUCUCUCCGAUAUGCUCUGUGCCCUCAUUGUUAUCGACGAAAGUGCAGAUGGGUGAGGUUCUACACCAAUCAGAGCAUUGUUCUCGAUUUAAAAAGCCUCUUAUGGGGUAAAGAGAUGGUGAAAAUUAGUGAUACAUCAUAUAAACAAUAUUUGAAAGAUGGAAGAGGGACGAGAUGAAUCAAGCACUUCACAGCAGGGAUCUUCAAGUGCUACGUGUUGGCCUUCAGAACUUGCGGAAAGGGUCAAGUCACUUUCUUUUGAAUCUCAAGGUGAAGCUUCGGUUAGGGAGUCCCCUAGAAGUGUUGACCAGGAUGUCUCUCCUGGUCAGAGAGCAUCACAGCACCUUUGGGAUACUGGAAUGCUCUCUGAACCGGUUCCUAAUGGUUUCUACUCAGUUGUUCCAGAUAAGAGAAUAAAAGAACUAUAUAAUAGACUACCUACUCCGAGUGAGCUUCACGCUUUGGGAGAGGAAGGUGUCAGGAUUGAAGUUAUUCUUAUUGAUUUUCAAAAAGAUAAGAAGCUCGCGAUGCUGAAACAGCUGAUCACUACACUUGUCAGCGGCGCAAAUCCCGCUUCGGUGAUCAAGAAAAUAGCUGGAACGGUAUCUGACUUUUACAAACGUCCGACAUUGGAAAGCCCUUCGAAACUUGCUCUAGAGGAAAAUGCGUUCUUAUUUGAAAACCAUGGUGCUCAGUUGCUUGGCCAAAUUAAGCGUGGGUGCUGCCGAGCUCGGGCGAUUUUGUUCAAAGUUCUGGCUGAUACUGUAGGACUUGAAAGUCGGCUGGUGGUGGGUCUGCCUAAUGAUGGGACUGUGGAUUGCAUGGACUCUAACAAACACAUGUCUGUUAUAGUUGUGCUGAAUUCCGUUGAACUACUAGUUGAUCUAAUUCGGUUUCCUGGUCAGUUGGUACCUCGAUCAGCCAAGGCAAUUUUCAUGUCACACAUCUCACAUACUGGAGAGAGUGAUUCUGCAGAAAACGACUCUUGUGAUUCACCUUUGGAGCCAAAUAGUCCUUUAUAUGAGAGAAGAGAUCCCGAGAGUACAGAAAAAGAUGAAAAUCUUCAAUUUCAUCGGAAGUUAGAAAGAUAUCCAAAUGCAUCCGGUCCAUCAUUGCAUAAUUUAAUGCUCAGACCUGCUACAGCUUUUGAAAGGAAAUUGAGCAACACCUCGCAUAGUGAACCAAAUAUUGCCACUGUAUUCUGGAGACGUAGCCGCAGAAAAGUGAUUGCUGAACAGAGAACAGCUAGCUCGAGCCCAGAACACCCAUCUAUGCGAUCACGUGCGCGAUCAAUGUUGAGUACUGGCAGGAAUUCAUGUAGGGAUUACGCUGGUGACGCAUCUCCUUCAAGUUCAUCCACAUCAGAUAUUCGUAAAACUAGACGGCGAAGUUUUAGGAUCACACCAGAGAUUGGGGAUGACAUUGCAAGCGCUGUACGAGAAAUGUAUGAAAAAUCAAAGCAAACUCGUCUCUUGCAUGGCCGAGAGGAUGGAAACAGCUCAGCUAUCGAUAGCAGUGUGUCUGGUCUCCAUCUUGAUGAUGAGUUGAAUUCUAAGAAGACAAUGUCAUUGCCAUCAUCUCCUCAUGCAUACAGGAGUCAAGGAUUUGGACGAAGAGGGCCUUCAGACUUUGCCGUGAAGGAUACAUGGAAUAAAGUGGUUGAGUCGUCCACAUUGCAAAAUCAGCCAUUAUUACCCUAUCAAGAAUGGGACAUUGACUUCUCAGAGCUGACUGUUGGAACUCGGGUGGGAAUUGGAUUUUUUGGUGAAGUUUUUCGUGGAGUGUGGAAUGGGACAGAUGUUGCAAUCAAAUUGUUUCUGGAGCAAGAUCUUACUGCCGAAAAUAUGGAAGAUUUCUGCAAUGAGAUAUCAAUUCUCAGCCGUGUUCGCCACCCAAAUGUUGUACUAUUUCUGGGUGCAUGCACAAAACCUCCACGCUUAUCCAUGAUCACAGAAUACAUGGAGCUGGGAUCUUUGUAUUAUUUGAUCCAUAUGAGUGGUCAGAAGAAGAAACUUAGCUGGCACAGAAGGCUCAGGAUGCUUAGAGACAUCUGCAGGGGUUUGAUGUGCAUACACCGGAUGAAGGUAGUUCACCGUGACCUAAAAAGUGCCAACUGUCUCGUGGACAAACAUUGGACAGUCAAGAUCUGUGAUUUUGGGCUCUCGAGAAUAAUGACUGAUGAAAACAUGAAGGACACAUCAUCUGCUGGUACACCAGAGUGGAUGGCCCCAGAACUCAUUCGCAACGAACCUUUUACAGAGAAAUGUGAUAUCUUUAGUCUUGGGGUCAUAAUGUGGGAGCUUUCUACUUUACGUAAACCAUGGGAAGGUGUUCCACCUGAGAAGGUUAUCUUUGCUGUUGCGCAUGAAAGGUCACGUCUUGAGAUUCCUGAUGGUCCACUCAGCAAACUAAUUGCAGAUUGUUGGGCAGAGCCUCAAGAACGCCCAAAUUGUGAAGAGAUACUUAGAGGCUUGCUCGAUUGUGAGUACACACUGUGUUAGCACCACUUCUCUGUGGGGAUAUGAGUCGACGAUGUUUUAGCUCAAAAAGCAGCCCGGCUUCUUUAGAUCUCUGCCCGUAAAUUAACCUGAGUGGCAUACCCUUAAAGGUCAUGAAGAGCUUCAAGGCUCGGAUGAGAGAAAUUCUUAGUUCAGUUUUGAUAGCUGUGGAACAGGCAUGAAUGAGGCACAAAAUGUCAAAAUUUAGACAUAAGCAUGUCUGUUAAGCUGCCUCUGGUGUGAUUCAUUGUCUCACAGGCAGUGUUUUUUUUUUUUUUUGGUUGGUUAUUGAAAGCAUUUUGGACUACUUUAAGAAAAAGAAUAUAUUACUGUAAUGUUAUUCUUAUUUGGGUUUGGUAAUAAAGAGCUC